AGGCUUUUUGGGGUGAUUUUGGGGCAUUUUCGGGGUAAUUUUUGGGUGAUUUUUUUGGUAUUUUUGGGGUGAUUUUUGGGGUAUUUUGGGGUGGUUUUUAGGGUCAUUUUUUGGGAUGAUUUUGGGACUUUUUUGGGUCAUUUUGGGGUGGCUGUGGAUUGGUUUUGGGGUGGUUUUGGGAUGGUUUAGGGUCAUUUUUUGGCGUGAUUUUUGGGGCAGUUUUGGGGUGAUUUGGGGGCGUUUUUUGGGUGAUUUUUGGGGUGGUUUGGGGGUGGGUUUUGGGGUAAUUUUUGGGGUAAUUUUUGGGGUGAUUUUGGGGCGUUUUUUGGGAAUAUUUUUGGGGUGGUUUUUUUUUGGGGUUUUGUCUUUUCCCCAUCCCAGAUGAUUUUGGGGUGGUUUUGGGAUUUUUUUGGGGGUGUUUUUGUUGUGGUUUUGGGUUGGUUUUUGAGUUGGUUUCGGGGCAUUUUUGCAUGAUUUUUGGGCUGGUUUUGGGACUUUUUUGGGGUGUUUUUGUUGUUGCUUUGUGGCUUUUUUUUUUGUGUUUUUGGGGGUGUUUUUGGGGUAAUUUUUUGGGUUAUUUCGGGGUGGUUUUGUGCUGAUUUCGGGUGGUUUUUUUGGGGUUUUGUCUUUUCCCCAUCCCAGAUGAUUUUGGGGUGGUUUUGGGAUUUUUUUGGGGGUGUUUUUGUUGUGGUUUUGGGUUGGUUUUUGAGUUGGUUUCGGGGCAUUUUUGGAUGAUUUUUGGGCUGGUUUUGGGACUUUUUUUGGGGUGUUUCUGUUGUUACUUUAGGGCUUUUAUUUUGUGUUUUUGGGGUGUUUUUGGGGUAAUUUUUUGGGUUAUUUCGGGGUGGUUUUGUGCUGAUUUCGGGUGGUUUUUUUGGGGUUUUGUCUUUUCCCCAUCCCAGAUGAUUUUGGGGUGGUUUUGGGAUUUUUUGGGGGUGUUUUUGUUGUGGUUUUGGGGCAUUUUUUUGUUUUUGGGGUGUUUUUGGCCCAUUUUUUGAGUUAUUUCAGGGUGGUUUUUUUGGGGUUUUGUCUUUUCCCCAUCCCAGAUGAUUUUGGGGUGGUUUUGGGAUUUUUUUGGGGGUGUUUUUGUUGUGGUUUUGGGUUGGUUUUUGAGUUGGUUUCGGGGCAUUUUUGGAUGAUUUUUGGGCUGGUUUUGGGACUUUUUUUGGGGGUGUUUUUGUUGUUGCUUUAGGGCUUUUAUUUGUGUUUUUGGGGUGUUUUUGGGGUAAUUUUUUGUGUUAUUUCGGGGUGGUUUUGUGCUGAUUUCGGGUGGGGUUUUUUUUUUUUUUGGGUGUUUUGUCUUUUCCCCAUCCCAAAUGAUUUUGGGGUGGUUUUGGGAUUUUUUUUUUUUUUUUUUUUUUGGGGGGGGUAGUUUCUAACAGUAUCUCCCUCCCCCAAUCCCAGGUGGGCUCGGAGUGCACCACGGUCCUGUACAACUUCAUGUGCAACAGCUCCUGCAUGGGGGGCAUGAACCGCAGACCCAUCCUCACCAUCCUCACCCUGGAGGGACCCGGGGGUCAAACCCUGGGCCGUCGCUGUUUCGAGGUUCGUGUCUGUGCCUGUCCCGGGCGGGAUCGGCGCCUGGAGGAGGAGAACCAGCGCAAAAGGGGCGGGGCAGGGGGCGGGGCCAAGAGAGCCCUGCCCCCUCCGGCUGAAGCCCCCGAGAGCUCCAAGAAAAGAGUCCUGGACCCCGACACCGAAAUUUUCUACCUGCAGGUGCGGGGCCGGCAGCGCUUCGAGAUGUUCCGGAUGAUCAACGAGGCCCUGGAGGCCACGGAGGGGAGGGGGACGGCACCCCAAAAGACCAAGGGGCGACGCCCACGGGGGGCGGGGCCAGUGCCCCGUGGGAAAAAACUGCUGGUCAAGGUGGAGUCGGGGGACUCGGAUUGACCACGCCCCUUUUCCUUGGAGGCCACGCCCUUUAUUUUGGCGUGACCACGCCUGCUUCAUGCUUAACCACACCCCCACCCAUCAAUCACUGCUCUAGCCACACCCCCGAACCUUUAACCACACCCGUUUCCUCAUUUGGGUUUGACCACGCCCACAUAAUCUCCCCACCCCCUUUUUUAGCAUAUUAAGCCACUCCCCCAUCCUGCAUGACGUUAUUCCAGGCCACGCCCCUCAUUUGGGGGCCGCCUUUUCCCCCCCCCCCCCGCGGGUUUUUUAGGAUUUUUUUAUACAAUAAACGGAUUUUUUAUAUCGUC